CCAUGGUGCUAGUCAACUAUGGUCCCAUAUGUCCCUCAAGCCGAAUUUUCAGAUACAUGCAAUGCAAUCCCCAAUAAGCGCCGGCUCACGCCUGGCAAGCAGGCUCAGGGAUGACCACGACUGUGCCUCUUCAACUGUUGUACUUAACUUAUAAGCGAAGAAACAUAUCUAGACACAGAACGAGGCAUAUUACGCCUUUUGUGUUUAGAUCGUGGGAUUCGCACUUUAGUACAUUGAGGCUACCACUGGAGUUUGCUGGUACGUAUUUGACGAACGGUCUGCCAGCUAACGCAUCAGCUUGCGUUACUGGCCUCGACCAGGCGAGCUUUGUGAUGGGUACAGGCUCUAGUUCUCCAACGUAUGUCAUGUCAUUAUCCCGGAAAAUUUCCAGUCUUGACCUGACUUACUGUUGCAGGCCAUCUUGACUAUUACCAAUGGGAAAUUCGGGUUCGAUACUCGUGAUAGAUGACAUAAAUAUUAUUUUCGAUCAGUGAUUAUCACAUAUGGCGUCGCCCAAUGCUACGGAUGCGACCAACUCAUGCGUCAAUCCUAUGACUUCCGUCUCCAGACCCGCUCUCGUCUUCGCAUCAA